GCAAAGCGGAAAUGAAAAAUAUUUGUUUACAUUUAUUACAGUUUAUACAUAAAUAUGAAUAUGCACAUAUUUACAAUGAAAUCUUUAAAACACCAGCGCGGGGAUGUGAACAUAUGUAAAUAAAUUCAUACAUAUGUAUGUGUGAGAAGUGUGUCUAUAAGAAUUUGCGUACGUGCAUGUAUUUGUAUGCCGAGGUAUUUAAUUUGUAUUGUAAUUGUGCGUACUUGAGAGUUCAUUAGCGUUGGCGCCAAUUAAAAGAUUUUCGCAACAAAUAAAAUGUUAUAAAAAAUUCGUAUGCAGAUAAUGGAAACAACAACCACAAAACAUACAAAUAUAAACUUAAACAAAUUUAAUGAGUAUAAAGUGAAAUACCUAUUUUUAAACGUGUACAGAAGCCAUCAUUAAGCAAAGUGGAUAUUUAAUUAAAAGUGUUUCAUAAGUGUUUGUUUGCCUACAGUUGGAGUGUGUUAAUUAGAAGUUUUGAAAGUUUGUUUAGCUGUGCAUUGAAAUUUGUUCUUCUUAAUUGUGUGAUCGAACAUAAUAAGAAGAACAUUUGUGACCAACCAGUGAAGUAUACAAUAAAGAUAUGUGAUUUGCCCAAAACUGGCCUGGUUUAUAUGGCAAGGCCAAUAAACGUAACCAAGAGAAGCGAAGUCGCAUAUGCUUAAUUCCCAAAAAGCAUUAUCCGAUAUUCGCACCGCUCCUUCAACUACUGUCAUCCAUCCGAAGUGAAAGUAUGAUUUUGAGAACAUAAAUACACUCAUACAUACGAGUAUAUGCAUAAUGCGGCGCACCUUUAAGCACGAUUCCGGUGCGAAGAUGUUGAACGCCAGUUGGCGUCAUCGGCGUCGCCUUCGCUUCUACAAGUUUUUCCUGCAAUUGCGCAUAUAUCCAUUAUUUCGAUUACUACCCGUGUUGUGGUUACUAUUGUGCUACUGUUGUUGUUGCUGCCAUUGUGCGGACAGGCGGCACAUCGAGGAACAAAACGUCAAGCCGAACAACUGCUACGACAUGCGAUAUGGCUUCGAUGGGGCACUGACCAGUGCUGCGCCAAUCCCACGAUUACCAACUGUCAAUAGCACCAACGGAGUUAACGGAAGCACUGUCAGCAGCACAAACUUAAGCGCCGCGGCGAGCGACCCGUGGAUGCGCCAUCAAUUGCAAUUGCAGAGUGGUGCGGAUACGAAUGCACAUGGCAUCAGACCAGGCUGGCAAUGUUGCUGCUGGAAUGCGACAAAUCAAGAUGAAAUUGAGUGCCAUUGUGAGGGAGAAGCCUUGAUGCGGGUGCCACAAACGCUUACACUAUCGUUGCAACGGCUCAGUAUUGCGUCGGCGGGAUUGCCGCGGGUUCGUACAACAGGAUUAAAAAAGUAUUCCGCAUCAUUGCUGGAUUUUGUGCUCAAGGAUGUGCAGCAUCUAGAGUGCAUAGAGGAUGGAGCUUUUGAAGGUCUCAUGUUGUUACGCACCAUCUACAUUUCCAAUGCUCCGAAAUUGAAGACCCUGAGUCGGGGUGUUUUCCUAGGCAUUUCGGAAACUAUUAAAAUAAUACGAAUAAUAAAUAGUGGUCUUAUAAGAGUUCCAGAUUUAUGGCAUAUUCCACCUACAAGCAUUUUACAAAUGAUUGAUCUCGACAGUAAUGAAAUAGCUCGAAUCGAUAAGAAUUCCAUCAAUGUUAAGACUGAUCAAUUAAUUUUAGCAAAUAACGCUAUAAGCUACAUUGACGAUUCCGCAUUUAAUGGUUCACAAAUCGCAACACUUAUUUUAAGGCAAAAUCGUAAUCUGAAGGAAGUACAUCCAAAUGCUUUUAAUGGGAUAAGCAUUCAUGUACUAGACCUCUCCCGCACUUCAUUGGUGAGUUUACCGUCAGUUGGCUUGCAGGACAUUGAAGAAUUACGCAUUGAAGCUGUCCAGACGCUUAAAACAAUUCCAUCCAUUUAUAACUUUAAGAAUUUACAAAGAGCAUUUUUGACACAUUCCUUCCAUUGUUGCGCAUUCAUAUUUCCUUCGCGCCACGAUCCCCUUCGACAUGCUGAGAGAAUGAAGGAAAUUGAAAAGUGGCAGCAGCGCUGCAAAAAGAAUGGCAAUAACAAUGGCAGUGGUGAUUGGUUAGAAAUUACCACCGGAAGAGGAAUCAGUGAUAAGAUAGAGAGAUUAAAGGAGACUGAGAAUGACAUCGAUGGGAAUAUUUGGGGCACCAAUGGAGGUGGGAUGAGUCCAGUGCAUGGUGGAGGAGUUUUCUACAGCAGCAGUUUUGCACGAACUGACCUCGCUGUGAACAAUGAAGAGUUGCCGGCUGAAAAAGAGAUGAGCGAUUACUUCGCCGAAGACUUUGGCACCUUUCAUACAGAGGUCACCAUAAAUCCAGAUGUCAUUCAAACCGACGAGUAUUGUGGCAAUUUUACAUUUCGAAAGCACGUAGUGGAAUGUUACCCCAUGGCGAACGCACUUAACCCUUGUGAAGACGUUAUGGGCUAUCAAUGGCUUCGAAUUUCUGUAUGGAUUGUUGUAACCCUGGCGGUGGUGGGCAAUGUUGCCGUGCUUGUGGUAUUUCUUUCAAUAAGGUCAGACACACCAUCGGUGCCGCGUUUCCUAAUGGGUCAUUUGGCAUUUGCUGACUUAUGCUUGGGGUUGUAUUUGCUGCUUAUAGCUUCUAUAGAUGCGCAUUCCAUGGGCGCCUACUUCAAUCACGCCUAUGACUGGCAGUACGGUGCCGGAUGUAAAGUAGCUGGGUUUUUAACUGUUUUCGCAAGCCACUUGUCGGUCUUCACACUGACGGUCAUUACCAUCGAACGUUGGAUGGCCAUAACACAUGCAAUGCAUUUGAAUAAACGCAUUAAGCUUCGGGCUGCUUGCUUUAUUAUGUCUGCCGGCUGGGUGUAUUCUAUUUUGAUGUCGUCGAUGCCCCUCUUCGGUAUCAGCAACUAUUCUUCGACGAGUAUCUGCUUGCCGAUGGAGAUAAGUGAUGUAUAUGAUACGGCUUUCCUGGUCAUCAUAUUGGGCUCGAAUGGUGUUGCAUUCUCCAUCAUAACGGUCUGUUAUGCCCAAAUGUAUAUGUCUCUUGGCGAAGAGACGCGCCAUGCACAUAGCACACAUCGGGGCGAGAUGACUGUUGCAAAGAAGAUGGCUUUAUUGGUCUUCACCAAUUUUUCUUGCUGGGCACCGAUCGCCUUCUUCGGCUUGACGGCACUUGCUGGUUAUCCACUUAUAAAUGUGACUAAAUCGAAAAUCCUCUUGGUCUUCUUUUAUCCACUGAACUCUUGCGCCGAUCCCUAUCUUUACGCGCUACUCACAUCACAAUACCGCAUGGAUCUAUAUGCUCUGCUCUCCAAAAUUUCUCCUUCCAGAUUCGGCAUUUGCAAGCAAAGCGCAAUGAAGUAUAAAAACAGUAUUUCGGCGCCUUACACCACCACCAAUAUUACCGUUCAAGGCUCCAGUCGGCAACACCGCAGCUCAUCCUCAUCUAGUCGGCAAGCGGAGCUGCAAUUGAUGUUGCAAAAACAUGAGGAGUUUGUGUGAAUUCCAGUACAAAAUGCAAUGGCAAUUGCAUUGUUUGCCACCAAAAGCUCAACCGGCGUGGUGUGAGGUUGCCACAGUGGCAUGAGAAUAAUAUAGAUUUUUGUAUGUACCUGACGAUAAUGAUUUGACUGCAAUGAGUCCAGCAACAAAACUUGGCAUAAAUCGAAAGUGGAAAACAUUUUCAUUUAAAGGAGAUUAGAUGCUUUUGUUCUGAAUAGUGGCUGAAGAAUUUUUGCAACUUUGUUUGAAUAAUGCAAAUCUCCCUUAGAGUAUCCUUGCAUGUAUGUAUGUUUAUGUAUGUGUAUGUUUGUUAAAUGUCUUGCGAUGUACUAACCUAAAUUUGUAUCUUAAUGCUGAAUAUGUACAUACUAUGGCAACAAUCAUAGGACUCGUAAUAUUUGAAGUAUACAAUUAUAUGUACAUAUGUACAUAUAUAUAACUGUACAUUUGUAUUCAUAAUUGUUAUUUUUGUAAUUUUUGAAACCACAAAUCAUAGCUAAAUAAAUAAAUACGAUGUGAAUCUGGUGCCAAUAUGAAAAAGAGUGAUACAUUUACAUAUGCCUAGAAUAUACAUAUGUAUAGUACUCGUAUAAUUACAUAUAUGUAAGUGCAGCUGAAAG